UCAGAACCAGGACUUCAGAACUCAGAGAGAAUCCCGGAACCAAAUAGAGCCCCGAGCUGCAAAACAGUAGGAUGUUUGGUGGUGUGUCGGAGCGGAUCCAGGGAGACCGGGCCCGAGCCGGUGGUCUUGGCUCUGUCCAGCAGGCAGUUCGGUACCUGAACCAGGACUUCCAGGCCCUGCAGGAGGAGUGUCUACUGAACAGAACCCUGUUCCAGGACCCUGUGUUCCCAGCAGAACCAGCCUCACUGGGCUUCAAAGAACUUGGACCACGGAGCUCCAAGACCAGAGGGGUGGACUGGAAGAGACCUACGGAGCUGACAGCGGACCCUCAGUUCAUUGUGGGUGGAGCCACCAGGACUGACAUCUGUCAAGGAGCACUGGGAGACUGCUGGCUGCUUGCUGCAAUUGGCUCUCUAACUUUGAAUGAACAGCUGCUACAUCGUGUGGUUCCUCACGGCCAGAGCUUCACCCAUCAAUAUGCUGGCAUUUUCCACUUCCAGUUCUGGCAGUUCGGGGAGUGGGUGGACGUGGUGAUCGAUGACCGUCUGCCGGUGAAAGACGGGGAGCUGCUCUUUGUCCAUUCUGCUGAGGGGACAGAGUUCUGGAGUGCCCUGCUGGAGAAGGCCUACGCCAAGUUGAAUGGAUCCUACGAGGCGUUGUCUGGAGGCAGCACCACUGAAGGUUUUGAGGACUUCACAGGUGGUGUGUCAGAGAUGUACGAGCUGAAGAAGGCUCCCAGAGAUCUUCAUCGUAUCAUCAUCAAAGCUCUGGAAAGAGGCUCUCUGCUGGGUUGCUCCAUCGACAUCAGCAGCGCCUUAGACAUGGAAGCCGUCACCUUCAAGAAGCUGGUUAAAGGCCACGCCUACUCCGUGACAGGCCUCAGACAGGUGGAGUAUCGUGGCCGGCAGGAGCGUCUGAUCCGGAUCAGGAACCCCUGGGGUCAGGUGGAGUGGACCGGAGCCUGGAGCGACAGUUCCUCAGAGUGGAACCAAGUGGACUCUGCAGAGAAGGAUGAGUUGCUGUGUAAGAUGGACGAUGGGGAGUUCUGGAUGUCGUUCCAGGAGUUUCUGCGUCAGUUUUCACGUUUGGAGAUUUGCAACCUGACUCCAGAUGUUCUCAGUCAAGACACCACCAGCUUCUGGGCCACCACCACAUUUAAGGGCAGCUGGAGGAAAGGAAGCACCGCCGGUGGCUGUAGGAACCACCCAAACACCUUCUGGAUCAAUCCUCAGUAUAAAAUCUCUCUGCUGGAGGAAGAUGAUAACCCUGAGGAUGACGAGGCUGCCUGCAGCUUCCUGGUGGCUCUAAUGCAGAAGGAUCGCCGCCGCUACCGCCAACAUGGACAGGACAUGCACACCAUUGGCUUUGCUAUUUAUAAGGUCCAAGAUUCUCCCAGUGUCCACAUGAAGAAGGAGUUUUUCCUAAGGCAGUCCUCCUGUGCUCGCUCUGAGACCUUCAUCAAUCUGAGAGAGGUGAGCGCCAGGCUCCGCCUCCCACCUGGCGAGUACCUGAUUGUCCCGUCCACAUUCGAACCCUCGAAGGAGGCGGACUUUGUCCUGAGGGUCUUUACAGAGAAACAGUCUGAGUCCAGGGACAUGGACGACACCGUGGUGGCAGACCUGGACAAGGAGGAAGAAAUCUCUGAGAGUGACAUUGACGACUCCUUCAGGUCCAUGUUCGCUCAGCUGUCUGGAGACGACAUGGAGAUCUCAGUUCGAGAACUCAGAACUGUCCUCAACAAAGUUGUGGCCAGACACCGAGACCUGCAGACUGAUGGAUUCAGUAUGGAGUCCUGCAGGGCCAUGGUCAGCAUCAUGGAUAAAGACGGCAGCGCUCGGCUCGGUCUGCUGGAGUUUCAGAUCCUUUGGAACAGGAUCAGGAAGUGGCUGGCAAUCUUCAGAGAGUUUGAUCUGGAUAAGUCUGGCAGCAUGAGCUCCUAUGAGAUGCGAUUGGCGCUGGAGAAUGGCGGAUUCAGGCUGAACAACAAGCUGUACCAGAUGCUAAUCGCUCGAUAUGCUGACAAAGAGAUCAUUGACUUCGACAACUUCACCUGCUGCCUCAUCAAGCUGGAGGCUAUGUUCAGGACGUUCCAGGGCCUGGACAGAGAUGGAACAGGAGUGGUGGAGUUGAACGUCCUCGAGUGGCUCUUUGUGACCAUGUGUGGCUGAAAUACAGAACACCCCACACCCAGGAUGAUCAGGAGA